UAAAAGUGUAUACUUAUAUAAACUUUAGCAUUCUUUCUCAACAUUCUUUCUAACAAACACAUAGUGUCAUGACCCUCAGCACAAGGCUGGCUAAAUUAAUACCAAAACUUUUUUCAACACAUUUUGUUACUAUUAUUAUUAAUUUUAGCUGAUAAUGACACAAUAAUUUACAAAAACAAACACGCCAUUAAAGCUAAAAGACACAUUCUUUGUCUGAUAGAAUUUUUAAACGGUUGAAUGUAAAAUCACUUAUCACUCAACCUCAGGCAGUGAAUUCUGUUUAGUUGAUCUACAGCAGGUGGCAGCACAUGCCUAAUGCAAACCUGCCUUGAAAACUGCUAAUUAAGAUGACAGGACAGUUUUUUUUUUUUUAAAUCUCGGUUAUUAAAAUUUCCCCUUUAGCGUAUAACAGAGUAAAAAUGAAUACCUUACACCACUGAAACAUUAAAUUCGGCCUAAUGCAAUUCAAGAAUGCAAUAUAACCUAAAGCAUUUUUUUUUACAACUUCAGCUAACCAGGCGUUUUUCUUAAAAAGUUAGUUUUGAGCUUGUCAAAACAGUUCGGCAGUUUGUCUAUCGUUUACUAGCGGGUAACUGGUUAGUGCGUUAUGAAUAUUUGUUUCGGUUUAUUCAGCGGAGUCCUGAUUCCACCAAUCAGAUCGUAGCCCUCCAAACUUCCCACCAAUCAGGGCAGCUCCUGUAACUUUCACGCGCAGCUCGCGUCUGUCGCUCUGUUUUGAUCCGCGGUCUGUCUGUAGGUGGUGAAGCCUCUAUGGGGACACUUUUGUUUUUAUGCAAAUAUUUUCUUUUACAAACCGCGGCGCUUUUGUCAAAGCUCAGGUUUAUAUAGGGGGGAAUGAUGACAUCAUUUAUCUGCGGUUGAGGAAGCUGCCGUGUUUCUGAAGAGCCUCUUGAGACCGUCUAAGCCUCUGCCAUGAGUUGUUUGGAUGUUAUGUAUCAUCAGAGUUAUGGAGCUCAUCACUACUUGCCUGCGACAUCAUCAGCAGCGGCGGCAGCGGCAGCUUACAAAGCGGCUUACUAUCAUCAUCAUCAACAUCAUCAUCAUCAACAGCAGCAGCAGCAGCAGCAGAAGAAGUUCGGUGCCUACAGCAGGAUGGAUUCAGAGGAGUUUCCCUCUCACUGUGGCCAGAAUAAGCAGCCUGGAGCGCUGAAGCCCCGUCCCGAGCCUGAGCUUCCUCGAGAGGAGGAGCAGAACGCUGGGGAAGAGGAGCGCUGCAAGGAGGCGCAGCCCGCCGAGGCCGAGUACUUGAGUGCCAGGUGUGUGGUGUUCACCUAUUUCCGUGGAGACAUCGGGGAUGUGGUGGACGAACAUUUCUCACGUGCUUUGAGCCAGCCCAGCUCCUUCAGCAAUGAUGCUAAAACCGGCCGACUUCACUCUGGAGGACCGUGGAAAGGAAACUCCCACUCCGAGGGUCAGUGUGGCUCCGUAUCGUCGUCCCUGUGGGCUAGCGGUUACCCAUCUCAAACCAGCCCGUGUGUCUCCUCCUCUCAUCCUGACUUCCCCCACAGCGCCGCCUUCCACCCCGCAGACACUGGCAUCUGGAGCAGCCACAGCCUGGCCCCUCCUUCUGCUCUUACUGACUCUUGGCACUACGGCCUGGGAGCCCAGAGUGGAGCGGGAUACCCCCACGUACACGAGAUGUACCCUCACAUGCACCCCCGCCACCCACACCCCCACCGCGUGCUCCAUCACGCUCACAGCCCCGUGCUGGACCCCCGCUUCAGCCCCCUUCUGCUACCCAGUGUAAGAGCGUCAUGCAGUCCGACGUCCUACACAGACGCCAUCAAAACAGAGCUGGAACCGAGCAGCAUCCCGGCACCUAACUGGCCCGUUUCUUUCCACGGGUCGGUGGACAUCUAUGAUACAGCACCAGAGCAAGACAAAGCGAAGGCCAGUGCCUGGUUCUGACAGAGAAGAUUCACUGGACUACAUGCCUUAGACUGGACCACACUCUUCUGCAUGUGGAGUCUUUCCUCAGAGGACUGUCUUGGGAACUAUUCAGGGGGUAGAUCAGUCUCUAUCAGUGAGACAAGCACAAAAACAGCUUUGGGGAAGACUAGUGUUUUUGUAAAGCAUACCAUCCUGUCUGAGAUUGUGCGCUCAUGGACAGAUAUCCAAUUCAGGACGCUUCUUCUCCCAUCUGGGCUUUCCUGUAUGGAUGCUAAACAUCCCAAAUGAGGUUUAAGAGGUAUAUCUUUACACAAAGGAGGUUUUCUCGACAUGGUUGAUGCUUUAGAACUGCGUUUAUGUACUUGCACAGGUUCUGUUGAAAGAACUGAUUGUAUUAGUACAGUACAAGGCAGAAAUGUGUUGAAUGUCUGAGGAAAUCUUUAUUUACUUUAAUAUAUUUGUCUAAAAUAGUCUCGUGACUUUACUGAUUGGUGUUUUCUGUUUGUAAUAUGUGUUAAUAGAUUAUUUUUUUGAUGUCAAAUCGUCUCGCCUUUGAGGAAUUCGUUUUACUGCCUUACAUGAACUGCUAAGUUUUAUUGGCAAACAACCUUGUUUUUGUUUUGGAUGGAUUUAUUAAAUCAUUACAGUGGUUACUGUCCCUUUAAA